CUAACAGACCAAACACUUAUCCAGACAAGAAGCUGAAAGUUCACAGGGAACCAAAACUGUACUGCGCACCCCAAUAAACAGCACACAGUUCUAGCACAUAGCAAGGCUGUCACCUGAAUAAACAGCUCUACAGAGCACUACUGUUCUUUACAUCCCUCCUUUCAAAGUUCAAAGGGGAUUUUAUUUGUGGAAAGCAGGAGUUUGAUUAGCUCUGGAAAACCUGAGCGUGAGACUGCACCACAGAAUAUCCUGACUACAAGAAUCUCCCCUCCAGAGGUAUCAAAGCCUUCCUUUUCUCCCCCCAAAGCAGCUGUCCCACUCAAUCUCCCUUUCCGUGGCAGAGGAGCUCCAUUAGACACCAGAUACUAGGAAUACAGGGACCCUGUCAAACUGCAAUAUGGCUGAAAAUGAUAAUACAACUAUGACCCCUGGUGCUGGAGAGAAUGAAGAUGGAACAGAUGCAGCAAUCAUUGGAGGUGUCAUCACUGCUGUUGUGUUGGUCCUGAUUUGUCUGCUGGUGGUGAUUAUGCGAUACCUGUACCAACACAAGGGCACCUACCACACCAACGAGGCCAAAGGCACCGAAUUUGCAGAGAAUGCAGAUGCAGCCCUGAAGUGUGAUCCCUCCCUUCAAGAGGCUGUGGACGAGAGCAAGAAAGAAUACUUCAUUUGAGAAGAAUCACAAACUUUCUCUUCCAAUUCUGUGUUUCUGGAACUGUAUAACAAAACACAUGGAUAAAAACAUGCUUUCAUAUCACCUCCCCUUCAAGGGUGGUUAGACAAGCUGUUGUUUAGAAUUAAUGAGCUGGAAUGAAAGAUACCCCAGCGUUAUUCAGCAUUCUACAAUUCCCAAAGAUUACAUCUCUCUUGUCAGAAUCCUUGAGAAUCCUUGAGAAUUCCAGCAAUUGCCGUCUUCCGAGACGGUAGAUGUGCUGGCUGUGUUAAUAUCAAUUUUUGUAACCGCCUGUUGUUUUUUGUAUUAUUUUCUUUGUUUUUAUUAUUAACAUGGUCUACCCUAAUUUGACCCUCAUGUGGUUAACCAUUGCCACUGUUCUUGGUAUACGACACCUGCCAAGCCAUUUUCAAGCCAAUUUCAAUUUUAGAGCAUGAUAUUAUGUUAGAACCAGUGGUUUACCGUGGUGACAUAGCUAACUGAUGCUGGAAAUGUUGGUUAAAGAAAAAGCUGGCCAUUUCUAAAAACGCUAAAAUCCCUUGAUUGAUUGACCUGUGCUAAGGUUUUAUAUACCAGUUGCAUAUUCAGUAAAAAAACAAACAAACCAAAAAAAAACAUUCAUCAUUCAUGUUUAUGCUAAAUUAGUCUCUCAGGCUCACAAACAUUUGCUGGAAUUUUCAAAAUGGACACACAGCCAUCAUUGAGUUCAAUAUGCAAGUGUUUUAUGGUCAAAACAUAAUUAUUGUCUGUUAUAAGUUUAUUAAGGGUUUAAAAGAUAGAAAUAAGCCAAAUGCACCCAAAUCUAUUGUUUAAACAGUUUUUAUAGAAGUGUCAAAUAUAUAUAUGGGUUUUUUCAUGUGCUUGUAGCUGAGAAAAGUCUAGGUUCUUGUUAAUAUUUAAGAAAAUAAUUUUGUAUUUUAAUGUGAUUUCAAGGUUUGUAUUAACCAAUUAUUUAAUAUAACAACAUUACUACGAGUCCCUAAUUGCUUUAGGUAUUCAUUUCCUGUGUUACAGAUAAUAUGACCCCAUGAGAGAGAUCAUGUUUCAACCGUGCUACACCAAGUUUAGCAUAUGGCACGACAGUCAAUUGUUCAACUUAUAUUUUCAUUGUCAGACAAGGGGGUUUCAGAACACUGCAAUGCACGAUAUAGUACGAGUGUCCAAGAAACUGUCAUGGUUUGCAAUGCUACCACAGUUUACCAGGGAAUACUUACAAAAACAUCAGCAGCAAAUCAAUAAGGAACUUGUGGGAAUGUUAGUCAAAUUAAAGAUAAGGUUAUCUGUAAAACUUUGGUAAUUACAAAUUUAAGCAGUAUAGCUGUAACAUACCACCUAAAGUAUCAGGGCUUGUUGUCUUUUAAAGGCAGAGAAAAGACAUUUCAAACAACCUUUUGGCGUGUUGUUAAAACAAAUAAACACUGUUAAGA